UUUGGUUCUUGUUUCUUAUUUUCUGAAUCACUUUCUAAUUUCAUCUGUAUUCUCGGGGUAAAUCGCGGGAAACUUAGUCCGGAAAAGGAAGGAAAAGGAAAGCAUGUUUUCCGUCAGAAUCUCCAGCUACUUGGGGGAUAAUGACGCAGUUUUCCAUCAUGGAUCUUGAUGAUGAUGAUGAUGGGGCACUGGAGGAGGAUUUUGACGUCAGUGUUGAUGGCGGAGGAGGAUGAGGGAAAUCUCGGGAUUGCUGGUGAAAAAGGACGAGGGAUAGGAGAUAGGAACUGGAGAUUUGAAAAUGGAUUUGAAGAGAUACAAGAGGUGGGGCCCACAAUUGGAGGAAGGGAAAUACAAGAAUCUCCACCGUCUCUACCUUUCUGAACGGACUGAUGGCACUUUUCCAAACACUCUUGUCAUAUCAAAUUGUGAAGUUGUAAAACCAAGGGUUGCAGCAGCAGAGCACAUAUCAAAGUUCAAUGAAGAGAACUCUUCCCCCUUCAUAAAAACGUCAAAAACUAUUAUACAUCCAGGGGAGGUUAACAGAAUAAGGGAACUCCCUCAGAGUAGUAAGAUUAUUGCGACACAUACUGACAGCCCCGAUGUACUUAUCUGGGAUGUUGAAGCGCAGCCUGAUUGCCAGGUUGCUCGUAAUGCUGCAGAAUCUCAUCCAGAUUUGAUAUUGACAGGGCAUCAAGAUAAUGCAGAGUAUGCUCUUGCCAUGUGCCCGUUAGAGCCCCUUGUACUUUCUGGAGGAAAGGACAAAUCAGUUGUCUUGUGGAGCAUACGUGAUCAUGUAUCUGUUCUAGCAGAGGCUUCACCUGAUAAAUCUCCUGGGUUGUCGCCUGAGAGCUCUAGUAAUAAGCAGUCAAUAGAAUCUGGUGAUGAGAAGAAUUCAGAAAGUCCGACUGUUGGACCACGAGGUGUAUUCCAGGGGCACGAAGACUCUGUUGAAGAUGUGCAAUUCUGCCCUGCUAGCCCGCAGGAAUUUUGCAGUGCAGGUGAUGAUUCUUGCAUCAUUCUAUGGGAUGCUCGUGCUGGUACCAGUCCUGUCACAAAGGUUGAAAAAGCUCAUGAUGGUGAUAUUAACUGCGUUGAUUGGAACCCUCAUGAUGUGAAUCUUAUUCUAACUGGAUCUGCAGAUGGUUCUGUUCGCAUGUUUGAUCGCCGAAACCUCCUAACUUCUGAUGGUGUUGGAUCAUCUGUAUAUAGAUUCGAAUUGCAUAAGGCUGCUAUUCUCUGUGUUCAGUGGUCUCCUGACAAAACCUCAGUUUUUGGAAGCUCUUCUGAGGAUGGUUUUCUAAACAUUUGGGAUUAUGAAAAGGUUGGUAGAAAGAGUGAGCGUGUUGCAAGGAAAGCGCCUAAUGCCACAUCUGGUCUUUUCUUUCAACAUGCAGGGCACAGAGAUAAAGUUGUUGAUUUCCACUGGAAUGCAUCUGACCCAUGGACAAUAGUUAGUGUUUCUGAUGACUGUGCAUGUGUCGCCGGAGGUGGGACAGUACAGAUAUGGCGGAUGAGUGAUUUGAUUUACAGGCCUGAAGAAGAGGUUCUGGCAGAGCUGGAAAAGUUUAAGGAUCAUAUACUUUCAUGUUCAUCGGAGACCUGAAUGUGACAGCUGCUUCAGCAGAAUCUUUUUUUUUCGGUUACAAGGGGAAAGUUCUUUUUAGUUUGAUCGAACAGUUUGACACUUUUUGAUCUUUGAGCAUGUUAAGACUAUAAAGAAAUGAUGGACAAUGCCGGUCCACCAGGUAUGUUUUGUGGUGAGCAGCUGAUUAAGCAAAGGCAAAACUGCUUUCCUGCUGACAAUCUCCUUUGUAAUUUACCUUGCUGCACCUUAAUAUUUGGUGGGCUUGGUUAAUUCAUUGUAAACUUCUUACCUCAAAUUUUGACUUGAAUGGUGUUAUGAUCCCACCCUCUGCUGAUGGACAGUCCGUCUAUAUGAAUAGCCAUUCAAGAUCA